AUGGAGGUAGAAAACGAAGCCAGCUGCUCCCCCAGCCGUGCAUCAGGCGGGUCCAGAGAGUACAAGGUGGUAAUGCUGGGAGCUGGGGGAGUUGGUAAAAGCGCAAUGACAAUGCAGUUUAUUAGUCAUCAGUUCCCUGAUUAUCAUGACCCCACUAUUGAAGAUGCCUAUAAGACCCAAGUUAGGAUUGACAAUGAGCCAGCUUAUUUGGACAUUUUGGACACUGCUGGUCAGGCAGAGUUCACAGCCAUGCGGGAGCAGUACAUGCGAGGUGGGGAGGGAUUCAUCAUCUGCUACUCUGUCACCGACCGCCAGUCAUUCCAGGAAGCUGCCAAGUUUAAAGAGCUCAUUUUUCAAGUCCGCCACACCUAUGAAAUUCCCCUGGUGCUGGUGGGUAACAAAGUUGACCUAGACCGGUUCCGCCAGGUCUCUACAGAAGAAGGCUUGAGUCUGGCCAGGGAAUAUAACUGUGCUUUUUUUGAGACCUCUGCGGCUCUCAGAUUCUGCAUUGAUGAUGCCUUUCAUGGUCUAGUGAGGGAAAUCCGCAAGAAAGAGUCCAUGCCAUCCUUGAUGGAAAAGAAACUGAAGAGAAAAGACAGCCUGUGGAAGAAGUUAAAAGGCUCAUUGAAGAAGAAGAAAGAAAACAUGACAUGAUAUCCUUGCUUCUAACUCCCUUAUUCUCUCUCUGAAUUUUAUCAGUUGGACAAUUCCAGAUGUUGCAUUCUGCUUCAAUAUUUUCUGUGUCUCUCUCCCUUUCUUUUUAAAUAUCUGCCUAUAGGUAAAAGCAAGAUUUGCAUAACUGUACCUCUUGAGAUAGUUUUCUUUUGCCCUUAACAGUU